GUCAGAUGUGGACCAUUGCAGCUCAGAUCUAGUUGGCCGAAAACAGCUUUCGGUCAUUUGUUUUGAUUGUGUGAUGUGAGGGAGCUAUCUGUGAUCUGUGUCAUGAACUAAAUCGGAAAAGAGUGCUAUUAUAUAUCAUUCAACAUCCAAGAGCUAAGGAUUAGGUUUAUUUGUCUGAUUAGUUUGGUAAUAUAUGUGAGUAGCUACGUAAGCGGGCGUAAACAAACAAUAUAUCUGCAAGUAUAAUAUAUUAAGGUAAAAUAGCAAGCAAUAUGACUUCUGAAGUGGACCACGGGAAGGAGACCGCAAUGCGUGUGGCUGUUAGAAUCCGGCCUCAAAACUCCAGAGAGCUGAUCGACAUGUGCCGUCUUUGCACCACCGUAGCUGUUGGCGAACCACAGAUUUUCUUAGGCUCCGACAGGGCCUUCACCUUCGACCAUGUGUUUGAUGUUAAUUCCACUCAAUGUGAUAUAUAUUCCAAGUGCGUGGAUCCGCUUGUGAAGAGUGCCUUGAACGGCUAUAAUGCCACAGUAUUAGCCUACGGCCAGACAGGAUCGGGAAAAACUUACACGAUGGGCACCGCCUUCAAUCAUGAGACUGAAAUUUCCGAGUCCAGUAACCUGGGGAUUAUUCCCCGGGCGGUGCGACAAAUUUUUAGCGGAAUCGAAGAGAUAGAAGCCGCGUCGGGCCAAAGCUCCCAAUUCAGUCUCGCUGUUCGGUACAUCGAGCUCUACCAUGAAGAUGUACUGGACUUGUUGAAUCCCUUCAAGAAAGGAGUCACUUUUAAAAUACAAGAGGACGGAAACGGACAAAUAACGUUAACUGGAGCGUCGAUUAAACCCAUUUUUAAGCCUCAAGAAGCUUUAAGAUACCUUCAGCAGGGAGCUCUAGCGCGAACAACUGGCGCGACUAAAAUGAAUGACCAGUCUUCUAGGUCGCAUGCUAUGUUCACAAUUUUCAUUCGCAGACAGCGGUUGCUGUCUUCCUCAAAUGAUGCUUCCGAUAACGAUUACGAAACUCUUACCUCAAAGUUCCAUUUCGUUGACUUGGCUGGCUCGGAGCGUCUAAAGAAAACGAAGGCUGAGGGUGAGAGGGCUCGCGAAGGUAUUUCCAUUAAUUGCGGCCUCCUGGGUCUUGGAAAUGUUAUCUCAGCUCUUGGAGACAAGUCCAAGAAAGCCACACAUGUACCUUACCGAGAUGGGAAACUGACGCGUCUGCUCCAAGACUCUCUGGGCGGCAACAGCCAAACUACGAUAAUAGCCUGUGUAGCGCCAACUGAUCGAGAUUUUAUGGAAACUUUAAAUACGCUGACGUACGCUAACCGAGCUAAAAACAUUAAAAACAAAGUUAAAAUAAACCAAGAUCAGAGUUCCCGAACCAUUUCCCAACUGCGUCGAGAGAUCGCAACACUGCAAAUGGAGUUGUUGGAAUAUAAACAGGGUAAACUGCUAGUGGACUCUGAAGGAAACACCACUUUGUCUGACACAUUUAAUGAGAAUACCUUGCUGCUUUCCGAUAAUAAAAGACUUCAACAGCGCCUGAAAGCGAUGCAGGAAACUGUUAACGCUUUGACUGAAAGAAAUGCCAAGCUGCAGUUGGAGGUGGCUUCAGUGCAAUGGAAAUCUGGCGACAAUUCCGAUUGUGAAAUAACUGAAAUGGUCGGCAACUAUAUAUCGGAAAUUGCAAAGCUCGAAGCCAAGUUAAUAGAAUCCGAAGAAAUGAAAAGGCAAAUAGAAAAAGUUCCACCAAGAUUCCAAGCUGUCAAAUUUCCAGUAUUCGAUGAAAACGUUUUAAUCGAAGCCAAAAGGGAUUUGGAGAAGGAUAGAGAGUACCUGAUGAGCCGAUCCUUGCCGGGAGUUGAAAAUCAAAACUUUGGACCAGGUUGUGAAGGAGUAUCGGAAGGCACAAGCUUAGACGGAAUCAAUCACGAAAUUGAAUGCAAAACAAGGUUAGUGGAAGAACUUGAAAGGACGCAUGCGACUCUGGCACAUAUGCGCUCCAGCUAUGAGGAUAAACUGUCCCAACUGCACUAUAAGAUCCUCAACACCGAAAAGGAACGAGAUGAAGUUUUGCAAAAUAUGAACACUACUGCAAGUACAAAAGAUGAACUGAAGAAGGUCAAAAUGGGUUAUGAGAAGCAGAUUUCCGAUAUGCAAAAAAAAUUGAAAACCUUACAAGGUGGUCAGCGGGAACACCAACGCCAGCAGCGAGAAAUCAAGGCGCAUGAAAUGAAAAUAAACCAUUUGCGCAACGAACUGGGCGUGCUAAAGACUGCCAAGGUGCAAUUAAUGAAAAAGAUUACGGAGCAGCACAACCGACACAAGGAAGAGGAGAGCCGGAAAUCGAAAGAAAUAGCACAGUUACUGAAGGAGCAGCGACGCCAGAAGAAUGCUGUCCAGUCUCUGGAGGCCCAAGUUAGCGCAAAAGACAACAUAUUGAAGCGAAAAACCGAAGAAGUUAUUGCCCUUCGCAAGAGUCAGCGGGCAAAAUCUGAACAAAGGCGAAGACCGCCGACAUAUUCACAAAAUACCAAUUUCACCUCACGAUCCAUUCGCCAAAGUUGGGAACACCUCUAUCACUAUAUAUUGGCUGCCGCCAGAAACAAACAGAUGAUAACGCAACUGGAGAAGGAACUGGAUCGGCUAAUAACAGAGCGCGAAACUCUAUCCCAUGAACUAAAUAAUUUAGACAAUGAGCUUUCUUCAAAAUCCGACGAGCUGAAUGAAAGCGAGAAUUUGAAAACCAAUAUACAAUAUAUUCAAGAGAAUAUAGAUCACGUUCAGAAAGCAAUAAUGGAUUUUGAAGAUUCAAAGGACACUGUAAAGGGCGAUCUAAGCAAGAUCCAAUCAAUUUUGGAUUCAUUUGACUCGCUCGCCGAUGCCAAGUUCAUUCUUCAGAAGUUCUCCGACAGUUCCAUUCUAUUGUCGUGCAACUUGGCCAUUGCCGAGUCCCAGUUGCAGGAUCAUCAGUCUCUAUUAGAGGAAGCCCAGCAAGAAAGUACGGUCCAACAGCAAAUACUGCAACAUUUGCUCUCACAAAAUAGUAAUGUGCAAAUAUCGGACAUGUUCGAGUCCUUUAAAGUUGUGAACACUGCUAAUAGCGAGGAUCAUGCGGAGGAUAGUAGGAGCAAGAAUAGUUCUCAAAAGUCUUUAGUAAGUAACGCCACAUAUGACGUACCGAAAGAGGAUCGACUGUUGGACUGUGUGGAAUUGCGUGGGAGAAGCAGUCGAAGCCCUUCGCCGCUUGGAAAUUUUGAAUCGUCGGAUAAAAGCCCUAAAGUUCGUAGGCGUACAGCUAAAUGUGAGGAUCUACUUUUUGGCGAUAAUGAUGCUCCAGAUGAGACUAAGCAAUGACGUGAUCAUUCAAAUAAUUCAAUGACGAUACACAAUAAGACAAGAGACAAUAAGAUGAUAUCAUGUGCCUUAUACGUAUUUAGAAAAUAAUGGUGCUUCAAAAACAAGAAACAAACAGACGCUUAUUAAAAUUUAACAUAACAUUAAGGACCCAAUUCUCAGCAAGACCGAGCUUCUAUUCUAUAUACCUAUUUUCCAGCCAUAACGAAUAAACUAGAAAUACAUAUUAGAUUUAAUAUGCAUAUGACUGCAAAUGAAUGAAUAAAUCGGUAGACAGAAAAUGCUAGGAGCCAAAAUAAUAAUUUUUAUUAUUAUUUAGUAAAUUAUAGUGAAUAAAAAAAACUUCAGUCGGGUAUGGAUUCUACGAAUAAUGAAAUAAUAAUUAAUUCAACUAAUUUAUAUUAUUAGAUAAUUAUUAAAACCAAAUUUUAAGGACUGCAUUUUUAAAGAGGUUUCCUGGAAGUCAGAGUGUCAAGCAUUUCCAAAUUUUUAUUUUUGCAACUGUAAUAAAUAUUUAUGUUAAUAAAAGAGCUUUUCCUUUAAAUAUAAAAAUAUUCAUUUUAAAA